CCUACACGCGACUUGACAGCAUCAAUACAACGCGCAGCUCAUCGGAGCACGACCAACUCGUCAGGCGGGACUAUGGAGAUGACGACCCGGGAGAGCACGAAGGAUUUGGGGGGCAGUUCGUCGGAGGAGGAGAGGAGGAAAAGCUCUCCUCCGCGGCAUCGCCAUCCGUUCAGCGUGGAGGCGAUCAUGUCUGGGAGGACGACGAGCGAAAGCCGCGGGGGGGAACCCACUCGGUGCAAGGCAGAGCCUGGAUCUGGAUCAUCGCCUGCAGGAUUUGGUUCCGUUUACAGGUGCGGGGGGGAUGCAGCCGUGCAGGCCCGGAAGAGCUACCCGGGAGCGCCUUCGUCACCGGUCAAGUCUGAAACGUCCGAGCCGGAAGACUGGAUGCUCUCCUCACAAUCUCGUCACGUCAGUCCUGCCUGUCAGUUGAGGAAGCACAAGUCUAACCGCAAGCCGCGCACGCCCUUCACCACGUCGCAGCUUCUGGCUCUGGAGAGGAAGUUCCGGCAGAAGCAGUACCUCUCCAUUGCCGAGCGGGCCGAGUUCUCCUCCUCCCUCACCCUGACCGAGACUCAGGUGAAGAUCUGGUUCCAGAACCGUCGUGCCAAAGCCAAGAGGCUCCAGGAGGCCGAGCUGGAGAAACUAAAGAUGGCCGCCACGGUUAAAUCGACGACGGCGGCGGCGGCGACGGCUCUGGUUCAGCCCGGCCUUCGGUUGCCGCUGACGCUAGGCGCCAUGUCUCUGUACGGACAGUCCUACUCGGCGUAUCACCACAGAGCCAUGAUGCCCUUUUCGCCGUUAGGACUGUACGCCGCUCCCUUGGGCUACGGCAUGUAUCACUGACUUCCACAAGGACGCGUUGAGGAUGCCGGACGGACUUUCAACGUGUUCCUAGCCGCACAAGGAGAUCUUUUUUUUUUCUCCCCAUGGUGAGGAUUGUAAAACGGUUCGGACGAGCCGCUUGCUCACAUGAUGUCUCGCUCACCAGCUCAUGUUUACUACACGCUUGCACUGGACUCUGAACUGAUAGCCAAAAUGUGCCUUACGUCCACAAGGGCCUUAAGAUAGAUUGUUUGACCCCUUUUAUGUUUUAAACACACUUUUAUCUGUACUUCUUAGCAGCUGUCACUCAUACAGUACUCAAAAAAAAAAAAAGAGUGAUUGCUUCAAACUCACUUCCAGUUUACUUUAAAACUGACGCUCGUCACGGAAAACACUUAUUUAAAAAAUGAUUUCUCCAUUGAAAUGAAUCAGAAAUGCCAUCACUCUAUUCCAUCCUUCCCAAUAAAAAUAGCACUAUUAUAUUUUCUAAAACAACAGGUGGGAACAACACGUCUCACUGGAACUAUUUUGGGGACCUUCUCUGCUUCUUCUUCAUGCGCCUAAUGAUGCUGCAUCUCCUCGAGUAGCCCUCAGUGCUGCAAUAUUAUGACACAAUGUAGCCAAUGUAUUGAAACGAUAGCUUGGAAAUCCACCGUACAGUGAACGACAAGCUUUAAGACCAAAUAAAAGUCAAUGUUAAUAAACCUGGUUUUAUUCCACCUUUCAUUCUAGCUUUAACCACCCCAGCAAUACAACACGGUGGCCUUAAUUCUAUUUAUUCUCUCGGAAAUUGUGGGGAUUGUACAAGUGAUUUCUUUUUUUAUAUAUAUAUAUUUAUGAUUAUUACUGAGAACACAGUAUAUGAGUGGUAUAUUUUUUAUGGCUCUUAAACGAUCCUUUUAAAGGGUCAACGUUAUGCUAUGUGGUUUCUGCUGCAUGCAUUUUUGUUGAAAUUGAAUAAGGCCUUACAGAAUGUUUGCUUGAAGAAGAAGUGUUGUCUGUUUCACACGUUCGAAUGUAAAUACAAAUUCGGUUUACGAUGGAGUUCCGUUCCUAUGGGGGAGACGUCACCGGAAUUUGUACACAAGUCAGAACAGGUUGUCGACCAUCACCAACACAGUAGUGAAGCCAUAAUUACAGUAAUUAUGCAUUGUAUGGAAAAAUAUGUGAGUAUAAAAAUAAACCCCCUGUGUCUUUGUA